CACCAUUUAAGAUGUUUUAUUCAAAAUCCCAAGGCUGGGCCUACUCACAUUAACGUAGCGUUGACAAGUGACAAUGACUGCUUUCAACUCCUUCAGAUCGUCCAAAUUGGUCUCAUGGAAAUCUACCGGCAGGCUUCAGCAAACCCUAGCGAAUUGCAUAGAGCGGAGGGGCAAGGCUUUGCAUUCAGGAAAGGGUUCGACAGUGCGAUUGUGCCCUGGGUUCGCCGGCGAAGGAAGGUACUUUGAUUAUCGGAGCAAUUUGAUUCCGGCAUCUAUUGAUUUUGUUCAGGUGUCGCCUCUCUGUACGACUCUCUGUAAAAAUGGUUUCCGUGUUCGAACCGUAGAGCACUUACUUUCUGCAUUGGAGGCUGCUGGAGUUGAUAAUUGCAGAAUUGAGAUUGAGAAUUUGGAUGCUGAAGAGCGUGAUGCUGAGCAGAUUCCUAUAUUUGAUGGAUCAGCAAGAGAAUGGGUUGAAGCAGUGGAUGAAGUUGGUUUAAAGGUGGCAACAACCCGGGAUGGCAAACAUUGUGAGAAAAUGGCAGCACAUGUGAAUGAACCGGUGUAUGUUUGGAGGGAUGAUUCUUUUGUUUCUGCAUUUCCUUCAAACGUGGUUAAGAUAAGUUAUGGCAUCAGCUUUCUACAGGCACCAGCUAUAGGCUCCCAGUGGUUUUCUACACCAUCUGUGGACAAUUUGUUUUAUACCAGACAGAUCGCUUUGGCAAGAACUUUCUGUAUUUAUGAGGAGAUUGAGCAAAUGCGCAAUGUUGGACUAAUCAAGGGGGGUUCUCUGGAAAAUGCCAUUGUAUGCUGUACCAGUAAAGGUUGGUUGAACCCACCUCUGCGUUUUAAUGAUGAACCAUGCCGCCACAAGGUCUUAGAUCUUAUUGGUGAUCUUUCACUUUUUGCUCAGUUUGGGAAUCAAGGACUUCCAGUGGCACACAUUGUAGCUUACAAGGGUGGCCAUGCUUUGCAUGCUGGUUUGGCACGCCAGUUAAUGGGUGAGUGAUUUCAAAAGCUAGUGCGCAGCCAUGAUUAAACACGAGCCAGUUGCAGGUUCAGGCGAACUUGUUAAAGUGGU